GUUAAUCAUUAAUAUUUGGAGGAUUUUCUUGCUGUGCUGUAUUAGGAGGAGAACACCACCAGACAGACAUUUAAAUUUUUUUAUUCAACUAAAACAAUGUUAUAUAUUCUGGAUUUUUUUCCAACAGAGCAAAUAUAAUAUUUUAACAAAACAAGAAAAUGAAUUUUUGAAUUUAUUUAAACAUUCAAGUUUUUUAAAAUUAGGUUUGUUUUUGUUAAAAUUGUUUUUAACUAAAAUAGUUAAAUGAAAUAUUUGUUUCAAAAAAACAAAUUAAAUCAACUGUGUCAGCCAGGUCAACAUGAGAAAUUUAAAAUAUUGGCUUCUGCAGCUAACUCGGUCAUCUUCACCUUCAUUUUCCUGUUUGUUCAUAAUCUGGAAAAGAAAAAUAAGCUUUCCUGCUUUUUCAGGUCCCAAACGAUUUCUCAGUUUGGAAUGAAUUAGUCCAAAGGAAGAAAAUAUUCUUUCUACGCCGGCCGAAGAAGCUACUGCUGUUAAAAGUGAAAUUAUCACUUCAACAGUCUCUGAAUCCAAGUGCUUAAGUGACUUCCACCAGUUCACUGCUGAUGAUGUUUUAAAGAAAGUCACACCAAACAUAUAUUUCUUAUAAUAAAAAAUUUAGCUCUGAAGUUUAUUAUAGUUUGCAUUAUAGAGGGAUGAUUGCUAGAUGUCUAUGUCAUAGCUGGAUGUGGCCCGCGGGCCAUAAUUUUCCCACCUCUGCUCUAGACCUUUUGCACACUGCUCAAUUUCUCUUUCAUACACUUUAUCCAGCAAUUUGCCUGUGACAUCUGCUCUGGGGGGUGGUCUGUACCCUGAUCUUAAUGACUGAAUCAUGUUAAUGAAGUGUGGGUUCUCAAUCAUACAGAAAGGAGAGUUUGCUGCAUAAACAAACUGGGCAAUUUUUUCAUCAAUUACCUCUUUGUAAUCUGCUGGUUCUUAUUACAAGCUUAUCUCUGGUUGUUUCUGGAUGAUGGAGAUUUUUUUUUCUUUUUGCUACGGGUGAUGUACGGUGGCUAUGUGACAUACAUGAUGUGACUGAAACACUAUCAUUGGCAAAUAACUCUUAAACUAUAGAAAAUGAUGGUGAUCUUGAGGGUGGAUAGUCUUCAGAAUCCAGCUUUAGAAAGGAUGCGUCCGUAUUUGUGUGAUAAAAUUAUAGCUGAGAGACACUUUGAUUACCUGCGUUCAAAGAAAAUACUCACUAGAGAGGACGCUGAAGAAAUAUCUUGUCGACCCUCAAGUAGGAAGAAAACUGGGAAGUUAUUGGACUACUUAGCAGAAAAUCCAAAGGGACUAGAUACUUUGAUUGACUCUAUUAGACGAGAAAGAACACAGAACUUCCUGUUAGAAAGGAUAACUGAUGUAGUGUUGAAAGUCAAAAAUGAAAAACUUGAAGCUCUCAAAGGUCUGAGCUGCAGCAGCUGUAUGACUUCAGUGUAUGGAGGAACAAAUAAUCUUUCUAGGUCAUAUUCUGAUGAAUCCAAUUACUAUGAAAAAGUAAAAGAAUCUACCCAUAAUCAACCAGAAGAACAGUUUAGUACAGCUGCUUUUGUGUCUGCUUCAUCUCUUCGUUCAAUGAAUUUACCAAUUGUGGAGAUGGGAAGCACAGAAAACGCAGUCUUCUCAACCACGCUUCCAGGACCUGGAGAUCCUGGAGCACCCCCUCUUCCACCAGAACUGCAGUCAGAACAACAGGAAGCCAGUACCAGUUCAAGUGACGAUCGUUUUCUGCCUUUAAGAUCACGUUCUCUUCUACCACAGUGACUUCAAUGACUCUUUUUCCUGUCUGUUCACUUAAAGGGGGGGUGUUGUGAGACUUUUACAUAUCUUUGCAGGCGGCAUACAGAAUGUUUCCAAACGGUUAAAUCACAAAUAGGGGGAAAGAGCCUAUAUGAGUUGCCCAAAAAAAAUUGUUUUAAAAAUGGUAAUCAAUUGAUUCUAUAUCUGACAGUUUCUUUAGUUUCUGGAAGUCUUUAGAUGCCACUAGUGCUGUACCUUGUUUGGGGUGUGUGGUUUUGUUUUGGUUUUUUUAAUUAAAGGAUUUCAUGUUAAUGUCAUUACUUAAAUUUUUCCAAUAAAUGGAACAAAUGUUUAUCCUCCAAAAGUAGCAGAUUUUGAUAUUUUUAGCAAGUAGAGGGGAAUAGCUUAUAACAAAAGAGAACACUUUAAAAGGACUUUCUCAGAACUUAUACAUUUGUACUACUUCUAAAAGUUUGCCAAACUAAUCUUUUAUGUGGUAUAGGGUAAAUUCCUCCCUCAAACUUAGGCACCCACCACUCCAUUGAGAGGGCAGAAUUUGGCUUUGUAGCCAUGCAUCUUUUUUUUUUUAAAUGCUGAUUGUCAAAUAAUUCUCAAUAUGCUAAUUUUUUGAACCUUGUGCUCUAGUUUCAUCCAAACAUGAAAGGCAGAUACUACACUGAUCAGCAUUCAUAUAUGAUAAAUGCAUUUUCACAUACUGUUUUUAAAUAUAAUAUAGAAAUCAUUGGUUUGAGAUGCAUUUGUUUUUAAUUUAAAUUUAUAUUAAUAAUGGAAAGGAAUUUCAGCUGUUCAGAUCCCAGUAAGGGAGUUGCUCAGUAGCUUAUUUAUAAAAUGCCUUUAAGUAAGGGCAUUCUUCUGUAAGGAGCAAAAGAUGCAGUAUUUAAUAGGUGGCCCUAGCAGGAGGAUGUCUUUAACUGAAGUACUCAAGUAAAUAUUGCACUGCAGAUACUUAAUUUUUACACCCUACAGUAACAAGUUUACAUUCUAAAUGAUUUAGAAUCCUAACCAAAUUUUAACUAUUUUAACAUGGGAAAAGUUCUCAUCUGCUGACGUAGUACAAUAUGUUUAAUCCUUUCAUAUUUUUCUUCUCAUUCUAAUCCUCACUUUGUAAAAUUGAAUUUUAGAAGAUUAAGUGUAGAAGGGCAAAAUGACUAAUUUAAAAACUGUAUUACUCAGGAUUAUGUACAGUUAUCUUAACACAGCAGAGUAUUUUUCUGAAGUUACAUUUUCUGUUUAUCAAAAGGUAGACUGGAUUUUAUUUAAAAUGUAUAAUUCUGACACUGACUGCUACAGUAGGAUAACAAGUAUUCUAGUCUCUCACACCCGGAUUCCAUUUCUAAUCCUAAUUCUCCUGCAGAGGCUAUAUAUUUUCAGCCUCGACUUCAGAGGAGAGCUGCCUUAUGUUGUUCAUGGGUGACAUCAGCCAAAGGAGGCUGGUCCCAUUUGAAAAGUAAUCAACAAAAGUGUCCUAUAGCUAUUUGUUCAUGUCUGAUUAGUCCAUGGAUGUUAACUCAGUUCAAAUAAACUGUCAAGUUUAAUUGGAAUAUUAUGUAGAAAUAACUUUAGUAUAAGAAUGAGGUAACUUACAUAUGACAAAAAUAUUGGCUGCUUUUAUUAGUAUGUGACACCAAUCACUAUGUUUUCAGGUAUCCAUCCAUCUAAAGCACACAGCCUGAUUUUCAAAAGAGCAGAUUACCUACAAAUCUAUUGACUACAGCUUGGAGUUGUAGGUCUCAGAACUCUUAAAAAUCAAGCUAAGUGUCUUAACACCCCUACAUUUUGAACAUUCCCAGCCAUUUUUUAGGAACUCUGUAGGUAUCUAUUGUAAUUUAUUUUGCUAUCCUGUUGGAAGUGAUGAUAGAAAUAAGGCUAAUUUACUCUAUCUGUAUCUGAGCCUGAGAAUUGCUGAGAGCCUUGCAGUCAAUGCACCCAGUUCGCCUUCCACUCAAACUAAUGCUAAAACUUCUUUGGGAGCAAGAGCAGGCCCAUUGAGAAUUGAAUGGUUAAGCAAUUGAUAUGAUGUACUUAAUCUCUCUCAUGGGAUAGGGUUCUGUGGUUACAGGAGAUCCGCAAAAAUUGGGUGAAUACUGGAGAAGGAGGGGUUGAUCCUAUGUAAACCAGAAAUAUACAAUGUACAUAGGUUCAUAAUGUGAAUGUUAGUUUUGCUAGAUAACUACCAAAUGUCUGUAGUGAAUGUGUACCACAAACUCUACAUGUGCAGUAAUUGCUCCAUUGUAUUAACCUGAGAUCUUUAAUGAAUGUGUGUAAUAUUACCAAAUGCUUGAAACCUGUGCAUUUUUUAAACAAAGAUUUAAUAUCACAAA